ACACAUUUCUGUAUUGGAUUCCCUUCAGGUGAAAAAGCAAAACCUGAGACCACAGAACUUACUGCUUCUCAGCUGGCCUUCACUGAGGAAGCCCCUUUUGAGGAACAAGUGACCCAGGGAGUCCCAAGGGAUUCCAGGUUGGGGCAAGCAAGGGAUCAGGAAAAGCUAUCAGAAAUGCAGGAAGGGAACUUGAGGCCAGGAGCAGACCCCCACAAGGAGACAUGCCCUAGGAAGUUGACCCAUAAACAUGAUGAUUUGGAGGCAGAUGAUCGUUUGUGUUUAACGGUUUUGCAGGAGCGAGUCACUACCCAAGGUGAUCUCCGUGAACAUGAACAAGGACCAGGAAAAGACCCUGUGAUAGAUGCAAGGAAUAACCUGUAUAAGUGCAAAGACUGUGGGAAAAGGUUUAGCAAGAAUUGGGCCCUGGGUCGGCAUCAGCAGAUUCAUGCUGGAGUGAAGCCCUAUAAAUGCAGCGAAUGUGGGAAAGCCUGUCGUUAUAUGGCAGACUUCAUUCGACAUAUGAGGUUGCAUACUGGGGAAAAACCGUACAAGUGCAUUGAGUGUGGGAAGGCCUUCAAACGCAGGUCUCACCUCACAGAGCACCAGCGCAUUCACACUGGAGAUAAGCCCUAUGAGUGCAAAGAAUGCGGUAAAACUUUCACCCACCGCUCUUCUUUUAACCAACAUAAUAUGACCCAUGCUAGGGAAAAGCCCUUUUUGUGCAAGGAAUGCGGCAAAGCUUUUUACUACAGCUCUUCCUUUGCUCAACACAUGAGGAUUCACACUGGAAAGAAACUCUACAAGUGCAGUGAAUGUGGAAAGGCCUUCACUCACCGUUCCACUUUUAUCCAGCAUAAUAUGACCCACACAGGAGAAAAACCCUUUUUGUGCAAAGAAUGUGGAAAAGCUUUUUGCCUCAGCUCAUCCUUCACUCAACACAUGAGGAUUCACACUGGAGAGAAACCCUUUGAGUGCAACGAAUGUGGAAAGGCCUUCACUCACCGCUCCACUUUUAUCCGGCACAAGAGGACUCAUACUGGGGAGAAGCCCUUUGAAUGCAAGGAAUGUGGGAAAGCCUUUUGUGACAGCUCUUCCUUAAUUCAACACAUGAGGAUUCACACUGGCGAGAGGCCCUAUAAGUGCAGUGACUGUGGAAAAGCCUUUACACACCACUCUGUUUUUAUCCGACAUAAUAGGACCCACAGUGGAGAAAAACCCUUGGAGUGUAAAGAAUGUGCGAAAGCCUUUUACUACAGCUCUUCCUUUACUCGACACAUGAGGAUUCACACUGGCGAGAAGCCCUAUGUAUGCAGAGAAUGUGGGAAGGCCUUUACCCAACCUGCGAACUUUGUUCGUCAUAAUAGGAUCCACACUGGAGAAAAACCGUAUGAAUGCAAAGACUGUAAGAAGGCUUUCUGUGACAACUUUGCCUUAACUCAACACAUGAGAACUCACACUGGAGAGAAACCCUUUGAAUGUAGUGAAUGUGGAAAAACCUUCAGCCACAGUUCAUCCUUCACUCACCAUCGAAAAAUUCAUACCAGAGUUUAAAGGCCUCUGCAGGUUGUUUACAUCUGUCAAUUUUAGUGAACUCAUACUGAUGAAAUACCUUUUCUUUUGAAUGUAACUUUUCAGGAAAACCUUUUGGCCAGAGAAAUAUCUUGCUCAUUAUCUGAUAAUUCAUACUGAAGAGAAACAUAAUUACCAUCUGUGUGAAAGCUUUUUGUGGCAGGUCAUCUCAAGGGUCAUAUUAGAAAUUGACCCAGCAUAGACCCUUACACUACCCCUGGGAAUCAUCCACAAGUGAGGCCCAGUGGUUAUGCAUUUAGAAAAUAUGUCAGCAAGAAUUCUUCUUAUAUUUAUACUAUAAAACCAUCUCAAGAGUAUUUUAGAAGUACAAUGAGAGGUGGAGGAGGAGAUGUAGAAGAGAAAGGGAAAGGAAAUGUGAGUGUAUGGCUUCUUUCCAAUUUCCCUGCCAAGCUUGUGAUAAUUUGUCAUUACGGUUGGGGCAGGGGAUGGUGGGGGUAUGAGAGAUAAAAAGACCUCAUUCCCUUUAUGUGUGUGUGUGUGUUUAAGAUUUAUUUGAGAGAGCACGAGAGGGAACACGAGUGGGGGAGAGGGAGAAGC